CGGCGCUUCCUUCCUCCGCUCUUGUCGGCAAGCUUGCAGCGAAGGCAGCUGUUGCCAUUCUACUCAGCAUCGGCCGGGCGAGCCCCACUUCCACGACAAAGAUGAGUCCGUGGACACCGACGUAAACACCCCCCUCAGCCUAAAAGACAUUCUUUGAUCAAGGGCCAAAAGUUAAUUCAAUGGUACAGAAAAGUAGUAUGUCCAGGACGCCUUCCACCUCAACCCAGGAGAUCCAAAUGGACAUGUUCGACCCCCAUCCUCAAUCACAGGGCAAGUACGCCAAGAGGAAGAGCCGCUUCAAGCGCUCUGAUGGAAGCACCUCGUCCGAUACCACGUCCAACAGCUUCGUCCGACAGGGCUCGGCCGACUCCUACACGAGCCGGCCGUCGGACUCCGACGUGUCCCUGGAGGAGGAUCCCGAGGCCCUGAGGAAGGAGGCGGACAGGCAGGCCCUCGCCACGCUCGAGAAAGCAAAGACCAAACCAGUUGCGUUUGCCGUGCGGACAAACGUGGGCUACAACCCGGGCCCCAGCGAUGACGUUCCCGUGCAGGGCAUGGCCAUAUCCUUCGAAGCCAAAGACUUCCUACACAUCAAAGAGAAAUACAACAACGAUUGGUGGAUCGGGCGUCUGGUGAAGGAGGGCUGCGAGGUGGGCUUCAUCCCCAGCCCGGUCAAGCUAGAGAACACCCGACUUCUACAGGAGCAGAGGAUGAGGCAGAACCGACUCAGCUCCAGUAAAUCUGGAGGAAGCUCAAGCCUGGAUGUCGCCACGGGAACACGCAGGCCCACCCCACCCGGCACAGCACACACGGACAUGCCCACUGUGACCUAUGAUGUUGACCCCCUGGACCUGGAUGCCGAGGAGCUCCCUGAGUCGCAGGGGGACCCUCGCUCCCCCAAGGUCAUGUCCGGCAGCGUGACCUCGCCUCAGGCCAACACGCACCGGCUGCCUUUCUUUAAGAAGAUGGAGCACGUGCCUCCCUACGACGUGGUUCCUUCCAUGAGACCCAUCAUCCUGGUUGGACCGUCGCUCAAAGGCUACGAAGUGACAGACAUGAUGCAGAAGGCUCUCUUUGAUUUCCUGAAACACAAGUUUGAGGGAAGGAUAUCCAUCACACGGGUGACGGCGGACAUCUCGCUGGCCAAGCGCUCGGUCCUCAAUAACCCCAGCAAACACACCAUCAUCGAGCGCUCCAGCACCCGUUCCAGCCUGGAUGUCCUGGCUGAGGUUCAGAGCGAGAUCGAGCGCAUCUUUGAGCUGGCCCGCACGCUGCAGCUGGUGGCCCUGGACGCCGACACAAUCAACCACCCGACUCAGCUGGCCAAGACCUCGCUGGCUCCCAUUAUCGUCUACAUCAAGAUAGCAUCUCCUAAGGUUCUGCAGAGGCUCAUUAAAUCCAGGGGGAAGUCCCAAGCCAAACACCUCAAUGUGCAGAUGGUGGCAGCAGACAAGUUGGCUCAGUGCCCCCCUGAACUGUUUGACAUCAUCCUGGAUGAGAACCAGCUUGAGGACGCCUGCGAGCACCUGGCCGACUACCUGGAGGCCUACUGGAAGGCCACGCACCCCCCCAGCAGCAACCCGCCCAACCCGUUGCUCAACCGCACCAUGGCCACGGCGGCGCUGGCCGCCUCGCCCGAGCCCGUCUCCAACCUGCAGGGGUCCAACCUAGUGCACGCCGAGCCCCCUAAGCGGGAGGGCACAGAGUGCGGCGGGAGCGAAUACCACGGCGACCUUGGGGGAAAACCUCAGCAUCAACAACAGCAACAGUCAUACCUGCGCUCUUCACGCGGUCAAGUCCGAGGGGGCAGCGGCCGCGGCCUUUCCCGGCAAGACACCUUCGACUCGGAGACGCAGGGCAGCCGGGACUCGGCGUACACCGAGGCUGGAGACUCCUGCAUGGACAUUGAGACCGACCCCUACGAGGAGCCUGAGCCUUACCGCGGCGGCGGAGGGGGCAGCCGUCCCCACCUGGCGCAGCACCACGGGCGCCAGGCAUCCUGGGAGGACGAGGGCGCCGAGCCGGACCAGGAGAACCUGAACCAGCCGCCGGCGCCCAGUCACGGGGGGCAGCUGCAGCACGGGCGGGCCAAGCUGAGGGAGCGCUACUGCCAGGAGCCGCUGGACAUGGGGGCCAACAAGGGCCGCAACAAGAACCAGGACGACUGGGGCAGGGACGUCUACAUCCGCUGAGAGGACACAAGAGGAGGAGACGACAAAUGUUUACAUCCAACGACUACAGUAAUCCCUCUCUAUUUGCAGGGCACACCCCCACCCCAUCCAACCCCCUCCAAAUUGCUUAAAAUUGUCUACCAGUGGUUCUCAAUUUUUUUUACAGUAAGCACCACCUGUAAAAAAAAAGUACCACCGUAGUGACCGGCAUUAAUUUGUAAGUAGUGCCGUAAGUUGAAAUGUUCAACUAAAAAAGGAAUAGAAUUGUAUACAGUACAUAAAACUAUUAUGCACAGUUUGAACAUUAACACUAAAUACUUUCCUGUCAAUUCGUUGUAGCUUUGGCGCCAUCUUGUGGUAUUUUAGGGCGUUACAGAAAGAGCACCAACGGCAAUGAGUGGGGGAUUUCUGUCUUUUGCUUUUACACAAAACUGCAUGAAUGUCACGAGACAGCACGAGGACACUACUUUUGAUUGUCAGCUCCGUCAAGCUUCUGUAGAAUGUGAGGACAUCAUCACGUCUGUCCUCCAAAGUCUUAAACAGGGUCUAUAUCACCCCAAUAUACCCCCACCAGUGUGCAGUGUCAGGGUUCCUCCUCACCUUCCCUUUUUCAACGUCCACUUCUUAUCACCCGGACCUUAAAAGCAGGUGGACAAGAUGCUCUAUGUUAGAUAUUUUUUAUGGAUCCAGAUCUCUCUUCCAUUGUAGUUUUCAGUGUGCCGCCCUUUCACCCCAGAGCCCGCAAUCCUGCC